UUUCAUUGCCGAUUAGUACCGAUUUGAUUCAAUUUCAGUUUCUGAUGUCCCACACAUGGUUGCCAUGUAGAGUCUUUAAUAUCCACAAAAAAGACAGGAUGGCCACAGCUAUAAUGCAUUUGUUUGUCUACUGGAAGUCAGAGUUGACAUGAUGCCGAAACAUGGAGUGUGUUAAUUACGACAUACUGACAUAGUCGUUUUAGCUGCUUUUCCUACUCAAUAGAUUUUGACUUAUUGCUGCUAUCAACAUAUCUCGAAACACUGAAAAAAAAAAUUGAAAUGAGAGGAAAAGGUCAACAGUUUAGCCACGAGAUUUGGUCAAUCAAAACCUAAACACUAUUUGACGAAAUAGAAAAGACUAUCAAAUAUGGCUGCUAGUUCUGCUACCAUAGACCUUCGUGAAAUUCUUUUCGAACGCUAUUAUAAUGUUAUGUUGUCAUUAUGAAAAGACGUUGUGUAUCUAAAGUAAACAAACCAAUAGAAAAUUUCCUAUUGGAAAGUUAAAGAAGGAUAAAAAUAGGCUUCGAAAUCAAAACUGUAUUUUCAAUUGUCUUCUGGUUAAUGUUGUUAUGGAUGUUGAUACAGAGAAAACUGAGUGGGAAAAUCCCGUAGCUGGACCACCAAAACUCCUCAGGGUGUUGCCUUCUUUACCACCAUUGCCAAGCACAGUGAAAGAACCUUCCACUUUGUACCAGAUUGUUGUAAAGAAUGGCACACACCCUCCGAUUAUGGAUGAAGUGUCUUGGACAUUGGCAUCACCGUUCAAGGAACAGAAAUAUUCUCGCACUCCUAGUGAUUCCAUUGCCAAUAAUUAUACACCGACUGCUAAGCAACUCAAAUUGCCAAAGCUGAUUAAGUCAAAACCAAAGUUCGAUAAGGUAGUUACUCCUGCAAAAAAACCUAAGACUGCCUUUGCACCAGGUAAAAGAGUUACACCAGAAAAGCAACCUACUCAAAUCCCACCUUCAUUAGAAGAACGUGCAUUGGACCCUCAUGAACAGCUGAAGAUCAUGCAUGAUAUUGAAAUUGAAGAGAAAUCUCGUUAUGGUGAACCAUCAGCACAAGAUUUACAGCGUUAUUAUUAUUACAUUGAAAAUGGUAUCAAAUCCGCCAUGCUAGCACCAGCACCAACAGAGUGGUUUGAGAAAAUUGACCAGCUGAUUCCAAAAAGUUUGACCACAGGAAUAAAACUGUCCAACCUAAAGAUUGAACUUCUGGCCGAAGUGACCCACAACUAUAUGUUCAGUUUACGGAAGGCAAUUGUGGAUUAUAUCUUGAAAGAUCCACGAGAGAAAAAGAGGUUGCAUAUUGCAUGGGUUCCAGUGCCCUUCCCUCACAGAGUGAUCAGGGCCCCUAUACCAUGGCACAGUUCCUACCUUGUAUUAAAACACUUCAACCUUGUCUCUUUAUUUGCCAUCAAUCCUGUCAUGCUGGAGCUGCAAAGUAUUUGGUGCAAGCAAUUUGAAAAUUUGCGGUUCAUCAACCUUGUAGAAUUGAUGGAAAUGGAGCUUCCUUUAUUACCAGAAGACUUUCAGAGUGUCAUUAAAAAUCAGUGCUUAAAAUGCCGAACUGAACUUCAAACCGUAUGGUUACCAACCUGUGCACAAGUAUUUCUAAACCAAAAAGAUCUCUGGUACCAUCUUGUACCUCAGAAUAAUGUUGACUCAUUAGAAAUGGUGCAGAAAUUUUUCUCCAGUGUUGAAUCUUUAAUGUCCCUCCAGCUCAGAAGCACUAUCAUUAAUUCCCUCAAAGACUUUCUUUCAUUCUUUGAAAUCCAUUAUCAAGGUAAUGAUUUUGGCGAGCAUUAUGAUGAAAUACAGUAUGUUCUUGAUCCAAUCAUGAUAAUUAAAUUGAAAGUUGAAGAACCAAAAAUCGUUUUCGACCCUCCAUUCCGAGAUAUUCUUAACCUUAUCAUUAAAGGUUUCUCUGAAAUUGUCGCAUCUGGCACUGGGUUGUCAAGGGUGGAGUGUGAGGUGUUUCCUGAUAUGCGCAAUCGAAACUUACUUUUGCGUGCUCCUCAUAUUGACGAGACCCAGGUUACUGAAAUUGUGGAUCAAGCUGUAGAAAUGUUUAAGAGGAAUGUGGUUGGACCUCAAAAAUAUUUGAAUUACUAUAUGAAGUAUGCUGAUCUACUGAAUAGAAAAGCCCAACAAGAUGUCACUGCUUUCCUCAAAGAGCAACAUAGUAUUCAUGAAUUCAGAGAGAAAAUUGAUGCCUUCCAAGAUCUGAAGAAUGAAAUAGCUGUCUUAUAUGUUACAGUACCACUCAGUAUGUUUUCUCUAGAUUGUACACUCUUAAAUGAAGCAUUGUGCAACAAAGCAGAAGGUUUAAAACAGCGCCUUAUUACUCAUUGUGUUGAUGAAAAUCGCGAAUUAAAUAGGAGCAUAUGUCGCAGAUAUGAGAAGAUCAGUGAUAAAGUCAGUGACAUUCCAAGUACAACAAAAGAUCUGGUGGAGACCAUAGCCUUCCUUCAGCAGUCAAUGGAUGUAACGAUAUAUAAAUUGGCUACAGAGAUUAAUGAAGCAGCUAAAAGACUCUCGUUUCUCUUGGAGUAUGCAAAUUUCCAAAAAUUAAUUCUGAAAAUUUAA